AUGCGUAUAUUUUGUAUCGCCCUCUUGGGCACCUUCGUGGCACUCGCAUCCGGUGCUCACAUUCAUACGGAGACUGCAGUGAGCACCGAGGCGGUGAAGCCGAAGCCAGGAACUACCGGUCCUUGUUGUGAAAGUGUGAGACAAACUCUCCUAGAUAUUCGGAAAGAUAUUCGCUUGUGGCUCUUGGAUAGACUCUUCGGUAAAUUAAUACUUAUACACGAUGGUGAACUUGACGGAAAUCAUAAUCAUGUGAACUGUGCAAAUAAUCGGAUAACAUCAACAGCUGACGUUUUAGGAGCUCAGCAAAAUAACGUUCAAUUUGAUUCAAUCAUAAACGAUAUUAGAAAGACUAUUCCGCAUAAUCACAGAUCCUCGGGCCGUGUUGAUAAAAUAAUUAAGAGUGAAACCAAAAACCAAUCUAGUUCAAGCUCAAGUACAACUACGACAUCGUCUGGUGGAGACUCCUCAAAAUCCGGCUCAACUACAAUCUCUGAGGAAAGUAGUUCAUCGGUGGAUCCCGUCGUAGAAGAGAGUUCCGGCGAGACUAACACUGUUGUUGAAACCGGAAACAAUGUUGAAUCUGCAUCCUCCUCGAACACGAUCACUUCUUCGGAUGAAUCGAGUCAGUCUAGCUCAACAUCAGGUGAAGACACUGUUGUUGGCGGCGGAGACUCACAGCAAUCUGGCUCAACCACGACAACGACAACCUCUGAAGAAUCUAGUGCAUCGGUGGAUCCCGUCGUAGAAGAUAGUUCCGGCGAGACGAACACUGUUGUUGAAACCGCCAACAAUGUUGAAUCUGGAUCCUCCUCGAACACGAUCACCUCUUCGGAUGAAUCGAGUCAGUCUAGCUCAACAUCAGGUGAAGACACUGUUGUUGGAGGCGGAGACUCACAGCAAUCUGGCUCAACCACGACAACCUCUGAGGAAACCAUUUCAUCGGUGGAUCCCGUCGUAGAAGAGAGUUCCGGCGAGACUAACACUCUUGUUGAAACCGGCAACAAUGUUGAAUCUGGAUCCUCCACGAACACUAUCACAUCUUCGCAUGAAUCAAGUCAGUCUAGUUCAACUUCAACAUCAGGAGGCGACAAUGUUGUUGGAGGUGGAGAUUCACAGCAAUUUGGUUCAACAACCACGACAACCUCUGAGGAAACCAUUUCAUCGGUGGAUCCCGUUUUAGAAGAAAGUUCCGGCGAGACUAACACUGUUGUUGAAACCGGCAACAAUGUUGAAUCUGGAUCCUCCUCAAACACGAUCACCUCUUCGGAAGAAGCGAAUCAGUCUAGUUCAACAUCAACAUCAGGAGGCGACACUGUAGUUGGAGGUGGAGACUCACAGCAAUCUAGCUCAUCCACGACAACGACAAUCUCUGAGGAAAGUAGUUCAUCGGUGGAUCCCGUCGUAGAAGAGAGUUCCGGCGAGACUAACACUGUUGUUGAAACCGGAAACAAUGUUGAAUCUGCAUCCUCCUCGAACACGAUCACUUCUUCGGAUGAAUCGAGUCAGUCUAGCUCAACAUCAGGUGAAGAUACUGUUGUUGGAGGUGGAGACCUACAGCAAUCUAGCUCAACUACGACCACGACAACCUCUGAGGAAACCAUUUCAUCGGUGGAUCCCGUCGUAGAAGAGAGUUCCAGCCAGACUAACAUUGUUGUUGAAACCGGAAACAGUAUUGAAUCCGGAUCCUCCUCGAACACGAUCACCUCUUCGAAUGAAUCGAGUCAGUCUAGCUCAACAUCAGGUGAAGAUACUGUUGUUGGAGGUGGAGACUCACAGCAAUCUGGCUCAACAACCACGACAACCUCUGAGGAAACCAUUUCAUCGGUGGAUCCCGUCGUAGAAGAGAGUUCCAGCCAGACUGACACUGUUGUUGACACCGGUAACAAUGUUGAAUCUGGAUCCUCCGCAAACACGAUCACAUCUUCGGAUGAAUCGAGUCAGUCUAGCUCAACAUCAGGUGAAGACACUGUUGUUGGAGGCGGAGACUCACAGCAAUCUGGCUCAACCAAGACAACCUCUGAGGAAACCAUUUCAUCAGUUGAUCCCGUCUUAGAAGAAAGUUCCGGCGAGACUAACACUGUUGUUGAAACCGGCGACAAUGUUGAACCUGGAUCCUCCUCAAACACGAUCACCUCUUCGGAAGAAACGAAUCAGUCUAGUUCAACAUCAGGAGGCGACACUGUUGUUGGAGGUGGAGACUCACAGCAAUCUAGCUCAUCCACGACAACGACAACCUCUGAAGAAUCUAGUGCAUCGGUGGAUCCCGUCGUAGAAGAGAGUUCCGGCGAGACUAACACUGUUGUUGAAACCGGCAACAAUGUUGAAUCUGGAUCCUCCACGAACACGAUCACUUCUUCGGAUGAAUCGAGUCAGUCUAGCUUAACAUCAGGUGAAGACACUGUUGUUGGCGGCGGAGACUCACAGCAAUCUGGCUCAACCACGACAACGACAACCUCUGAAGAAUCUAAUGCAUCGGUGGAUACCGUCGUAGAAGAAAGUUCCGGCGAGACUAACACUGUUGUUGAAACCGGCAACAAUGUUGAAUCUGGAUCCUCCUUGAACACGAUCACUUCUUCGGAUGAAUCGAGUCAGUCUAGCUCAUCAUCAGGUGAAGACACUGUUGUUGGCGGCGGAGACUCACAGCAAUCUGGCUCAACCACGACAACGACAACCUCUGAAGAAUCUAGUGCAUCGGUGGAUCCCGUCGUAGAAGAGAGUUCCGGCGAGACUAACAUUGUUGUUGAAACCGGAAACAGUAUUGAAUCCGGAUCCUCCUCGAACACGAUCACCUCUUCGGAUGAAUCGAGUCAGUCUAGCUCAACAUCAGGUGAAGAUACUGUUGUUGGAGGUGGAGACUCACAGCAAUCUGGCUCAACAACCACGACAACCUCUGAGGAAACCAUUUCAUUGGUGGAUCCCGUCGUAGAAGAGAGUUCCAGCCAGACUGACACUGUUGUUGAAACCGGUAACAAUGUUGAAUCUGGAUCCUCCGCAAACACGAUCACAUCUUCGGAUGAAUCGAGUCAGUCUAGCUCAACAUCAGGUGAAGACACUGUUGUUGGAGGCGGAGACUCACAGCAAUCUGGCUCAACCAAGACAACCUCUGAGGAAACCAUUUCAUCGGUGGAUCCCGUCGUAGAAGAAAGUUCCGGCGAGACUAACACUGUUGUUGAAACCGGCAACAAUGUUGAAUCUGGAUCCUCCUCAAACACGAUCACCUCUUCGGAAGAAACGAAUCAGUCUAGUUCAACAUCAGGAGGCGACACUGUUGUUGGAGGUGGAGACUCACAGCAAUCUGGCUCAUCCACGACCACGACAACCUCUGAAGAAUCUAGUGCAUCGGUGGAUCCCGUCGUAGAAGAGAGUUCCGGCGAGACUAACACUGUUGUUGAAACCGGCAACAAUGUUGAAUCUGGAUCCUCCUCGAACACGAUCACUUCUUCGGAUGAAUCGAGUCAGUCUAGCUCAUCAUCAGGUGCAGACACUGUUGUUGGCGGCGGAGACUCACAGCAAUCUGGCUCAACCACGACAACGACAACCUCUGAAGAAUCUAAUGCAUCGGUGGAUACCGUCGUAGAAGAAAGUUCCGGCGAGACUAACACUGUUGUUGAAACCGGCAACAAUGUUGAAUCUGGAUCCUCCUUGAACACGAUCACUUCUUCGGAUGAAUCGAGUCAGUCUAGCUCAUCAUCAGGUGCAGACACUGUUGUUGGCGGCGGAGACUCACAGCAAUCUGGCUCAACCACGACAACGACAACCUCUGAAGAAUCUAGUGCAUCGGUGGAUCCCGUCGUAGAAGAGAGUUCCGGCGAGACUAACACUGUUGUUGAAACCGGCAACAAUGUUGAAUCUGGAUCCUCCUCGAACACUAUCACUUCUUCGGAUGAAUCGAGUCAGUCUAGCUCAACAUCAGGUGAAGCCACUGUUGUUGGCGGCGGAGACUCACAGCAAUCUGGCUCAACCACGACAACGACAACCUCUGAAGAAUCUAGUGCAUCGGUGGAUCCCGUCGUAGAAGAAAGUUCCGGCGAGACUAACACUGUUGUUGAAACCGGCAACAAUAUUGAAUCUGGAUCCUCCUCGAAAACGAUCACCUCUUCGGAUGAAUCAAGUCAGUCUAGUUUAACAUCAACAUCAGGAGGCGACACUGUUGUUGGAGGUGGAGACUCACAGCAAUCUGGGUCAACCACGACCACGACAACCUCUGAAGAAUCUAGUGCAUCGGUGGAUCCCGUCGUAGAAGAGAGUUCCGGCGAGACUUACACUGUUGUUGGAACCGGCAACAAUAUUGAAUCCGGAUCCUCCUCGAACUCGAUCACCUCUUCGGAUGAAUCGAGUCAGUCUAGCUCAACAUCAGGGGAAGACACUGUUGUUGGAGGUGGAGACUCCCAGCAAUCUGGCUCAACGACCACGACAACCUCUGAGGAAACCAUUUCAUCGGUGGAUCCCGUCGUAGAAGAGAGUUCCAGCCAAACUGACACUGUUGUUGGAACCGGCAACAAUAUUGAAUCCGGAUCCUCCUCGAACACGAUCACCUCUUCGAAUGAAUCGAGUCAGUCUAGCUCAACAUCUGGGGAAGACACUGUUGUUGGAGGUGGGGACUCCCAGCAAUCUGGCUCAACGACCACGACAACCUCUGAGGAAACCAUUUCAUCGGUGGAUCCCGUCGUAGAAGAGAGUUCCGGCGAGACUGACACUGUUGUUGAAACCGGAAACAAUGUUGAAUCUGGAUCCUCCUCGAACACGAUCACAGCUUCGGUUGAAUCAAGUCAGUCUAGUUCAACUUCAACAUCAGGAAGCGACACUGUUGUUGGAGGUGGAGACUCCCAGCAAUCUGGCUCAACGACCACGACAACCUCUGAGGAAACCAUUUCAUCGGUGGAUCCCGUCGUAGAAGAGAGUUCCGGCGAGACUAACACUGUUGUUGAAACCGGAAACAAUGUUGAAUCUGGAUCCUCCUCGAACACGAUCACAGCUUCGGAUGAAUCGAGUCAGUCUAGCUCAACAUCAGGUGAAGACACUGUUGUUGGAGGUGGGGACUCCCAGCAAUCUGGCUCAACGACCACGACAACCUCUGAGGAAACCAUUUCAUCGGUGGAUCCCGUCGUAGAAGAGAGUUCCGGCGAGACUGACACUGUUGUUGAAACCGGAAACAAUGUUGAAUCUGGAUCCUCCUCGAACACGAUCACAGCUUCGGUUGAAUCAAGUCAGUCUAGUUCAACUUCAACAUCAGGAAGCGACACUGUUGUUGGAGGUGGAGACUCCCAGCAAUCUGGCUCAACGACCACGACAACCUCUGAGGAAACCAUUUCAUCGGUGGAUCCCGUCGUAGAAGAGAGUUCCGGCGAGACUAACACUGUUGUUGAAACCGGAAACAAUGUUGAAUCUGGAUCCUCCUCGAACACGAUCACAGCUUCGGUUGAAUCAAGUCAGUCUAGUUCAACUUCAACAUCAGGAAGCGACACUGUUGUUGGAGGUGGAGACUCCCAGCAAUCUGGCUCAACGACCACGACAACCUCUGAGGAAACCAUUUCAUCGGUGGAUCCCGUCGUAGAAGAGAGUUCCGGCGAGACUAACACUGUUGUUGAAACCGGAAACAAUGUUGAAUCUGGAUCCUCCUCGAACACGAUCACAGCUUCGGAUGAAUCGAGACAGUCUAGCUCAACAUCAGGGGAAGACACUGUUGUUGGAGGUGGAGACUCACAGCAAUCCGGCUCAACCACAACAACGACAACCUCUGAAGAAUCUAAUGCAUCGGUGGAUCCCGUCGUAAAAGAGAGCUCCGGCGAGACUAACACAGUUGUUGAAACCGGAAACAAUGUUGAAUCUGGAUCCUCCUCGAACACGAUCACCUCUUCGAAUGAAUCGAGUCAGUCUAGCUCAACAUCAGGGGAAGACACUGUUGUUGGAGGUGGAGACUCCCAGCAAUCUGGCUCAACGACCACGACAACCUCUGAGGAAACCAUUUCAUCGGUGGAUCCCGUCGUAAAAGAGAAUUCCGGCCAGACUAACACUUUUGUUGAAACCGGCAACAAUGUUGAAUCUGGAUCCUCCUCAAACACGAUCACCUCUUCGGAAGAAACGAAUCAGUCUAGUUCAACAUCAACAUCAGGAAACGACACUGUUGUUGGAGGUGGAGACUCACAGCAAUCUAGCUCAAGCACGACGACGACAACCUCUAAAGAAUCUAGUGCAUCGUUGGAUCCCGUCGUAGAAGAGAGUUCCGGCGAGACUAACACUGUUGUUGAAACCGGCAACAUUGUUGAAUCUGGAUCCUCUUCGAACUCGAUCAUAUCUUCAGAUGAAUCAAGUCAGUCUAGUUCAACUUCUACAUCAGGAAACGACACUGUUGUUGGAGGUGAAGACUCGCAGCAAUCUGUCUCAACCACGACAACGACAACCUCUCAGGAAACCAUUUCAUCGGUGAAUCCCGCGGUGGAAGAGAGUUCCGGCCAAACUAACACUGUUGUUGAAACCGGAAACAAUGUUGAUUCUGGAUCCUCCUCGAACACUAUCACAGCUUCGGAUGAAUCGAGUCAGUCUAGCUCAACAUCAGGUGAAGACACUGUUGUUGGAGGUGGAGACUCACAGCAAUCUGUCUCAACCACGACAACGACAACCUCUGAAGAAUCUAGUUCAUCGGUGGAUCCCGUCGUAGCAGAGAGUUCCGGCCAGACUAAUACUGUUGUUGAAACCGGCAACAUUGUUGAAUCUGGUUCCUCUUCGAACACGAUCACAUCUUCAGAUGAAUCAAGUCAGUCUAGUUCAACUUCAACAUCAGGAAGCGACACUGUUGUUGGAGGUGGAGCCUCACAGCAAUCUGGCUCAACGACCACGACAACCUCUGAGGAAACCAUUUCAUCGGUGGAUCCCGUCGUAGAAGAGAGUUCCAGCCAGACUAACACUGUUGUUGAAACCGGCAACAAUGUUGAAUCUGGAUCCCCCUCGAACACGAUCACUUCUUCGGAUGAAUCGAGUCGGUCUAGUUCAACAUCAGGAGGCGACACUGUUGUUGGAGGUGGAGCCUCACAGCAAUCUGGCUCAACGACCACGACAACCUCUGAGGAAACCAUUUCAUCGGUGGAUCCCGUAGAAGAGAGUUCCAGCCAGACUAACACUGUUGUUGAAACCGGUAACAAUGUUGAAUCUGGAUCCCCCUCGAACACGAUCACUUCUUCGGAUGAAUCGAGUCGGUCUAGUUCAACAUCAGGAGGCGACACUGUUGUUGGAGGUGGAGACUCACAGCAAUCUGGGUCAACCACGACCACGACAACCUCUGAAGAAUCUAGUGCAUCGGUGGAUCCCGUCGUAGAAGAGAGUUCCGGCGAGACUAACACUGUUGUUGAAACCGGCAACAAUGUUGAAUCUGGAUCCUCCUCGAACACGAUCACUUCUUCGGAUGAGUCGAGUCGGUCUAGUUCAACAUCAGGAGGCGACACUGUUGUUGGAGGUGGAGACUCACAGCAAUCUGGCUCAACCACGACAACGACAACCUCAGAGGAAACCAUUUCAUCGGUGGAUCCCGUCGUAAAAGAGAAUUCCAGCCAGACUAACACUGUUGUUGAAACCGGCAACAAUGUUGAAUCUGGAUCCCCCUCGAACACGAUCACUUCUUCGGAUGAAUCGAGUCGGUCUAGUUCAACAUCAGGAGGCGACACUGUUGUUGGAGGUGGAGACUCACAGCAAUCUGGCUCAACCACGACAACGACAACCUCAGAGGAAACCAUUUCAUCGGUGGAUCCCGUCGUAGAAGAGAGUUCCAGCCAGACUAACACUGUUGUUGAAACCGGCAACAAUGUUGAAUCUGGAUCCCCCUCGAACACGAUCACUUCUUCGGAUGAAUCGAGUCGGUCUAGUUCAACAUCAGGAGGCGACACUGUUGUUGGAGGUGGAGACUCACAGCAAUCUGGCUCAACCACGACAACGACAACCUCAAAGGAAACCAGUUCAUCGGUGGAUCCUAUCGUAGAAGAGAGUUCCGGCGAGACUGUUGAUGAAACCGGAAACAAUGUUGAAUCUGGAUCCUCCUCCAACACGAUCACAUCUUCGGAUGAAGCAAAUCAGUCUAGCUCAACGACAAAUUCUGGGGCUGAAAAUAAUGCUGGAAACAGCGACUUUCAACAAUCUGGCUCAACCACAAUUACGAAAACAUCUAAAAAAUCAAGCUCAUCAGUUGACCCUAGCACAGUGGUUAAAAACGGCAAAAGCAAGCAGACUGGAACAGCCACUAGAGUUGUUCGAGGUGGCAGCACACACCGAUCUAGCUCUAAGACAGUUUCGACAACAGCUAAACAAAUUCCAACCCAAGGCGGCUCGAGGACGAGAAGAGUAACUUCGAGCUCUUGGUCAAAACGGUCUAGUUCAUCAACUAAGGGUACGAAGCCAUCAAGCAAGAUGGUUGUAAGUGUCAACUCUGGGAGUUCCACUGCAAAUGCUGGCGGCCGAAAGGGCGGCAAGUCCGGAACUCGCACUACCUAUACUUGGUCUAAGCGCUCCAGCUCCUCGGGCAUUCCGGGUGUUAUCGGAAAGGUCAUCAAGAGGGGUCAAGAAAGCAGUUUAUCAUCUGACGUCGAAGAUACCCUUGAAACAGACGAUUCGCAAAUAAAUAAUGGACAGAUCGCACUAAACAAGAAAUCAAAAAGAUAUGCCAGUAGAAGCAUGAAAGUAGGCGGCGCCCGAUACGGAACUGGAGCUUAUCCAUACUGGUGGGGAUCGCAAGGAACAUGGGUGGGAGCCAGUCCGACCUGGGACUAUUACGGAACUGGAUGGGGCAACGACGCUUGGAAUGGUCAAUACCUUAACUAACUUAAUCAAUGAGGGUAACUGUUAAAUGUUUCCGUUUGUACAGCAAUAUAUGCAAAUGUUGACAGUUCUGUAUUUAAAAGUUAGUAAAAAAGUAAAAA